CCUCUCCUGAUGACGCACAACACCUCUGUGUGUGUGUGUGUGUGUGUGUUGAUGCUGGUCAGCUGCUGACAGCCUGUGGAGAGAAACAUCAACCAGCAGCAGCAGCAUCUGAUGAGGAUGAUGGAAGAAGAAACAGGGACUGAACCGAUGUGAAGGAUGCUGCUGCUGCUGCUGUGAGACGAACCGAACCGUGUUUGCACACCCCCGCUUUUAUCCGUGUCAGCGUCAGCUACACCUGCCGUGGAUGGUUUUCUCGAUGGGUUGUGGAGGGAGUCGGGCGGACGCGAUAAUCGAGCCGAGGUACCAUGAGAGCUGGACCAGAGAGACAGAGUCGACAUGGCUUACGAACACGGACGUAGAACCCCCCGUCUCGGUCCCGAACAGUAAAGCCGUGGAGGCCGGUCUGAAGGAGAAGAGGAUGGUGACAACAGGAACCCAGUGUGGGAAGCAGGCCAUCACCACCAAUGGCUCCAACCACCAGAGGAGACCAAGGCGCUCCUUGACUGACGGACAGUGCUGUGAAAAACAAAGUACUCGCGACUCCAAAAGAAGAGCAUCGAAGGAGGCCAGCGCUUUGUCCAAGGACGGCCAGCCUGUUGGCGUCAACAGCCCUGGAGAUCCUGAACCGGAGACCGCCUGCGACGAGAGAUGAAAGAAGAGCUGCAACACUGUGAGGAGGCAAAUUAGCUGGGCUGCAAGAAUAUUUAACCACACAGCAGGGCAAGGACUUGCAGACGUGUCCGGAUGAUCUUUGCUUGUGACUUUGUGCCGCUCUGGCUCCCUGAAGGCAGCGAUUCACCUAACAGGGCACCUGCUUACGUCUCCACCCAAAGACCUCGAGAUGCUGCAUUGCUGUUGCAUGUGUGAGGAAGAGAGUGGGAACCAAACACCAUGCUUUUUCCUCCAUGCUCAUAGUACCAGUCAGGGAGUGUGUUACUGUGUUAAGACAAUUCUAAGAAGAAGAAGAAGAAGAAAAAAAAACAACAUUUGAAAAGGUGAGAUUGGCCCCAUAUGCACACUAUAAUCUCAAUCUGCACAUUAGAUGUGUUCUGUGUCGGGGCUUCCUUAAGAAUUUGCUUUUGUUCUUUGUGCAAAUAUUUUGUUGUUGGAGUGUGCUGUUUAAGCCCAGUCAGUGCAGUGAGUAAUUUUCAUUUUAAAAAAACAACCUUAAAGUGCUGUUUAGGAGCUGAGAUUGGGGUGUCUGAAGCUUGAAUGCUGGAGAUGUUCUUCUUCAGCCUUUGCAAGAUAAAAAAAAAAAGAAC